GAGAGAGAGAGAUGGCACGUUCCCUUGAAGAAACGCCAACAUGGGCUGUUUCAGUAUUUGCUUUGAUUUUCUUCUUCCUAUCCUUCCUCAUCGACACUAUUCUUCACCUUUUAACAAAGUUUCUCAACAGGGGGAGAAGAAAAUCCCUAAACAGGGCUUUGAUGAAGUUCAAAACAGAAAUGAUGAAACUGGGUCUCAUGUCACUGCUUCUAACGAUAUCAGAAGAACCAAUAUCACAAAUCUGCGUUGGCCAAGCUGUGGCAAACACUUUUCUUCUAUGCAAAUAUCCCGUUAACUCCUUAGACGUAGAACCUUCUGUCUCAUCAGCCACGCAAGUCCCACGCUCAAAUUCCACCAAUCGCUCUAAGGAAGUCAACGAUCAAAACUAUUGCGAGGCAAAGGGGAUGGUUCCUUUAUUGCCAAGGGCAGGAGUCUUGCAGCUGAACAUCUUAAUCUCUCUGGUGACAGUUUUUCAUGUGCUCUACUGCAUCUUAACCAUGUUUCUCGGGAUGGCCAAGAUGGGGAAAUGGAAUGCAUGGGAGAAUGAGACUCGAACACUUGAAUAUCAGAUCCUUAAUGAUUCAAGGAGGUUCCAACUCAUCCACCAAACUCCUUUUGGGAAAAGACAUUUAAAGUUCUGGAGUAAACAUCCUCUGCUGCUUUGGCCUGUUUGUUUUGCUCGACAGUUCUGUGGUUCAAUCUCAAAAACUGAUUACAUGACUCUGAGGAAUGGUUUCAUUAGGGCCAACUUUGCAGACGGCAACAACUUCAAUUUCCUGAGAUUCCUUGCAAGAGCUUUCGAUGACGACUUUGAGCAAGUGGUUGGCAUUAGAUUUUGGAUUUGGCUCUUCUCUAUCCUUUUCAUAUUUCUCAGUUCGCAUGUGUUUUAUGAUCAUUAUUGGCUGCCAUUCAUUCCCUUACUGAUCGUGAUAGUCGUGGGAGCAAAGCUGGAGGUGAUAAUAACUAAAAUGUGUGUGGAGAGCUGCAAGAAUACUUCCGUUGUUCGAGGACGUGUUUUAGUGCAGCUCAAUGAUGACUUGUUUUGGUUUGGUCGACCCAGAUGGCUUCUUCACCUCAUCCAACUCGUCCUAAUCCAGAACUCCUUUCACCUGGCAUUCUUAACCUGGACAUGGUUUGAGUCUGGUUCAGGGUCUUGCUUAAAUCGCAAAAGUGAAAUCAUAGCCAUAAGGAUUACCAUGGGAGUGGUUGUGCAGUUAAUUUGUGGUUAUGUGACCCUGCCUCUCCAUGUCCUUGUUACCCAGAUGGGUUCUGGCAUGAGGAGAGCAGUGUUUACUGAAUCUGUAGUUGAAGGCCUCCAAAACUGGCACAAGAAAGCAAGACACAGUCUUUCCAAGAGCAGAUCCAUUUCAAGGAGCCACUCCCACUCAUCGUCGCAUCUUGCACACAAUUUUGACACAACUGAAGUUUCAAUCUCGGAUAAAAUAGUUAAGGAAGCUCCAGAUUCUGAUCAGCGUUUUCCACCUCCUGUAGCGAUAAGCUCUUCUUCAACCUCUGAAAUCACAGAAGAGGAAGUCCCACAAAAAGCUCCACCAACCCCAUACAUAACAAGUUUAUCCGUUAUUCCAGAAAUCACCAAAGAGGAAGAAAAUCCGAAGAUCGUUGCAAGCACUGUGACUUAUGAUGGUGAGAUAUCUUUUGGGAGCAGUUGGAAAUUUGAAAGUAGCGAGCGUCAUGGGAGAGAAAUCACUGAAGUGAUUGAUGAAGACCAUGACUCUGAAAUAUUAGCUACUUUUGAUCAACAACCAACUACAAGCACAUAACUCUUUGUGCACCUUGUAAAAUGCUUUACGAUAUCAUGUUACUAUUUGUAUAAAAUGAAAUAAAUAUAAAGUAAUGAUAGAGA